UGAGGUGGGAACCGGGAAUCAGACAACAACAAAAUAUGCUACACGACUCUCUUCUUCUCUGACGUAUAAGAUGCUCCGUAUUUUUUUCACUUUUUUAAUAAUAAAUGCGACUAUUAUUGUACGCCAAUUUCAGCUAGUCUCCAUUUUCCCACUGCUGUAGGCCAAACUGCUUAACGGCCGCGGCCUGCCAUUUCAGACGCGCUUACCAUUCAAAGCAGCGACUCCCGGCGGCGGGCGGCUUGAAUGCUGGACUGCGGUGGCUGAAACGAGCUCCUCUCCACCAAUUCAAUGGCCCGGGAGACUGCCUAUGCCUCUCCGAGCUCUCAUGACCUCAGCGCCGGAGCUGCCUACUCUUCUCCUCCUCCUCCUCCUCCCUCUCGGUCUUGGUCUUCCUCCUCCGCCGCCAUGCGGAUUGCCCGCCCUGUUAAGGUCAUUCCUCUGCAGCAUCCGUCGACCACGGCGUCGUCCGCGCCGUGCGUUACGGGCUCCGUGUUGUCGAGGUGGAUCGAGAAGGUAAAACGGAUGACGUGGACGGAGUGGAUUGAGAUAUCCUUGCCUUGCUAUCGCUGGAUUCGAAAGUACGAUUGGAGACGGGACUUGCAACCUGAUCUCGUUGCCGGCGUCACAGUUGGGAUCAUGCUCGUCCCUCAGUCAAUGUCAUAUGCAAAGCUUGCUGGACUUCAACCAAUAUAUGGACUUUAUUCUGGUUUUAUCCCCAUAUUUGUUUAUGCCAUUUUUGGGUCAUCUCGCCAACUUGCUAUCGGUCCAGUUGCAUUGACAUCCCUGCUGGUCUCAAAUGUCCUGAGUGGCAUAGUAGACCCAUCAGACAAGUUAUACACGGAGUUUGCUAUACUCUUAGCCCUCCUGGUUGGCAUUUUAGAAUGCAUUAUGGGGAUCUUAAGGCUUGGAUGGCUCCUUCGUUUCAUCAGUCACUCUGUAAUUUCUGGUUUUACUACUGCGUCUGCUGUUGUUAUUGCUUUGUCCCAAGCAAAAUAUUUCCUAGGCUAUGAUAUAGAACGUAGCAGCAAAAUUAUUCCACUUAUCAAGAGUAUAAUAUCUGGAGCAGAUAAGUUUUCCUGGCCACCUUUUGUGAUGGGCUCACUUACGCUAGCUGUUCUGCUUAGCAUGAAGCACUUGGGGAAAUCAAGAAAGUACUUGCGGUUUCUACGAGCUGCUGGUCCUCUUACAGCUGUUGUUCUGGGUACAAUCUUUGUGAAAAUAUUUCAUCCGACUUCAAUUUCAUUGGUAGGUGCAAUACCACAGGGGCUGCCACAAUUUUCUGUUCCCAAGGAAUUUGAGCAUAUAAAGAUUCUGAUUUCAACGACAAUUCUUAUUACUGGUGUUGCUAUCUUAGAGUCUGUAGGCAUCGCCAAAGCUCUGGCUGCAAAGAAUGGAUAUGAUUUGGAUUCAAAUCAAGAGUUAUUUGGUCUUGGUGUGGCCAACAUUUGUGGCUCAUUCUUCUUAUCAUACCCUACAACAGGCUCUUUUUCCAGGUCUGCUGUCAAUCAUGAAAGUGGAGCAAAAACAGGCUUAUCUGGGUUCGUGAUGGGAAUUAUCAUGUGCUGUGCUCUUUUAUUUUUGACCCCAUUAUUUGAAUAUGUACCUCAGUGUAAUCUGGCUGCUAUUGUGAUCUCUGCUGUAAUUGGGCUGGUGGAUUACGAUGAAGCUAUAUUUUUAUGGCAUGUUGACAAGAAAGAUUUUCUCCUGUGGAUAAUCACAUGUGCUACAACUUUAUUGCUUGGUAUAGAGAUUGGCGUUCUUAUUGGGGUUGGUGUUUCACUUGCUUUUGUGAUUCACGAGUCAGCAAAUCCACAUAUAGCUGUCCUAGGCCGGCUUCCUGGAACCACUGUUUACAGGAAUGUUCAACAGUACCCUGAAGCAUACACAUAUAAUGGGAUCGUGGUAGUUCGAGUCGAUGCACCUAUUUACUUUGCCAACAUUAGUUACAUCAAGGACAGGUUACAGGAAUAUGAAAUCGCCAAAGCUGGAUCCUCACGCCAUGGGCCAGAAGUAUCAAGAGUUCACUUUGUGAUUGUUGAGAUGGCCCCUGUUACAUAUAUUGAUGCUAGUGCAGUUCAAGCUUUGAAAGACCUCCAUCAAGAAUACAAGUCAAGGCACAUUCAGCAGCUAGUCCAUGCAAUUUUCGACACGAUUUUCAAUAUGGCCUCAUGGAUCAUCUGGAAAUGAUCUCUCUGUGCUCAAGUACAGGGCUAGCCAUCUCCAAUCCAAAUCAAGAAGUUCUGCUGACUCUAGCUAAAUCUGGCGUGGUUGAUCUGAUCGGCAAGGAGUGGUACUUUGUCAGAGUCCAUGAUGCUGUCCAAGUUUGUCUCCGGCAUGUGCAGAGCUUAAACGAAUUCCCUAAAACUCAAGAAGUGUCACCAUUGGAGGACAGCCCAGGUGCAUUCCAAAGACUGCUGAAGCAUAGACAGGAUGAAUUCUCAAUCCCCGAGCUUGAGUCAGGUGAUCGACAUCCUUUUGACUACGGUUAUGGAGACCCUAAACUGGAGCCACUGCUCUCUAAAAAAUAAACUGGCACUCCUUGGUUUUUAAGUACAUAGUUUGUACCACUAAAUGGUCGUUCUAAGCUAUUUCUAGAUUGGUUUUUAAUGAUCAAAAUAUGAGGCAUUUUAUUGUGUACUUUGGUAUACACAUCCUGACCUCAAUUUUUUGUUCAAGCUUUAUUAGCCCCUCCAGUCCUUGUUUUAAGGCAGAACCGAUCAAAUUAUACUGUAAUUCACAUCUCGAAUUCAAAACCUCUUUUGAACUAUACUUGCAGCUAGCCAUCUCCAAUCCAAACCAAGAAGUUCUAGGACAUAAAUUGCCAAAG